GCGUCCCGCGAGGAUGGGAACCAGCCAAUGACGUACGACGUUAACGAUUUUAAAAACAGUUCCCUGUUAGACUGAACUCUAUGAACUCACUUUGAAGGCACGUUGUUUCCUGUUGGUUGAAGCUUCCUUCCAAAAGAUCUCAACCAGGAUAGACUGGUGUUGUUUGGCUGUGUUACUGCAAUUGGUUGCCUUCCAGAGAGUGUAGUUUGGGACCAUCUGAUGCAAAAGGAAUGGCAACGCGCAUAUACAUAGACAAAGAAAAUGGUGAUGCUGGCAUUGUUACUGCCUCUAAGAAUCGACUCAGAACCCUACCAGCACCUUCAAAGAUAUUUGGUGAAAAGUCUCAUCCUAAGACUCCACUUGUUGGAAGGACAGCAAAUGUCAAUCUGAAGAAUGCGAACUCUCAGUCAGCCAGGAAGGCCCUUGGAAAUGUGAAUAAGCCUUUGUCAGCAACAAAACUGGUUUCUAUGGAAAAGAAGUUACCUGCAAAAAAGGCUACGAAGAGUACAAAUCGAGUUGAAGGCUGUAGCAUGAUUCCAGAAAACUGUCUAGAAAAGGAGAAUUUCUUUCCCUAUGAUCCUCUAGACUUUGAAAGUUUUGAAGUUCCUGAGGAGCAUAGACUGAGCCACAUGUCCCUGACAGGUGCUCCUCUCAUGAUGUUUGAAAAAGCAUCCAACCAAUUCACAAGUAUAGUCUCUGCACCCAUAAGCCAACCUUUGAUGUCAUGGGACUAUGAUAAUCUGUCAGAUCCUCUGCAAUCAACUAAAGAUUUCCUGUUUACCUUGGAUGAUAUAACAAUUGAUCUCCCCUCUCCUUUGUAAUAUUGAAAAAGAUUUUAUUUUUAUUGAAUUCUGGUAAACUUUUAUCAGUUUCACAGUAACAAACUUACAGUUCAAACAAGGACUCAUUUUGUGGAGGGGGCUAGAAUGAUAGAAACAUUUCUUAAGGUUGCAUUUAGAUGUUUCUUACUUUUGACCUAGAAUUGUACAAGAGACCAGAAUUUUAGAAGGAUAACUAGUUAGUGUUUUUUUUUUAAAUUAUAGGUAACAUUCAGUGUCUAAGACAGUACUUGGGUCAUUUGAUAGAAGUUCCUAACUCAGGAUGGUAAUAUUACUUUCUAACUAAUCCUAGAGACUGUUAAAAGGAAGCUUAUUGAUUUCAAAGUGGUCUGCUUUCCAUUUUGCCUGUUUAGCAAAAAGUGCCCCAAAAGUGGUACUUUGUAACUCUAAAUGGUAUCAUCCAAUUUGUUAAUGACAAUUCAGACCUUUUCUUUUAUGUGAAGACUGCUACUUUAUAUGUAUAUUAAUAAAACAUCUGUAAUUGAGUGUUUUCGCUAGUGUCAAA